GCCUUAAAUUAUAAUUUAUUAAUACAUAUUCUUGGUUAUUUGAUUGCUGCUGAAUGUACCAUCGCCAUAGACCCCGUGUUACCCCGUGAAAUAUUUAACCAGCACUUUCCCUAAAUGUUGAUUGAGCAAUUGGCCAAAUCUCGCCACGCGGACGGUUGGUAACAACCCAUCCGAUGCACUGAGACACAACUCGCUCCCUGGGCAAUGUACAGCCUGCCCUGGCGCACCUGACGGGGAUCACUGCACGGAAUAUCCGUGCAGCCCCACCUGCACUGUCUGCCUGCGUGAUAGAGGUGGUGGGGGUCGACUAACCUGCGAUUUAGGGUAACGUGUUCCCCCCCCCCCCCACAACCCCGUGUGACCACCACCAAGGCACUGAUGCACAACUCGCGUCCGUUGCUAACCCUCUCCAACCUGCUGGGUGCAAACACUGUUGUAAACUCCGACCCGCUCGCUCGUAAAUCAUCUCCCUCUUUAAAACCACAAGACAAAGGAGUAGGACCGGGCCAUUCGGCCCAUCGCACAGGCCUGCUCCGCUAUUCCAUCAUGACUGAUUUAUUACCCCCCUCUCAAACCCCUUCUCCUCAUAACCUCUAAUCAAGAACCGACCAACCUCCGCUUUCACGACUUGGCUUCCACCGACGUCUGUGACAACGAAUCCCAGUGAUUCACCACCCUCUGGCUAAAGGGAUCCUCCUCAACUCUGUCCUAAAGGGGCGUCUCUGUCCUAGACAGAGCCCUCUGGUCCUAGACACCCCACUAUUGGAAACAUCCACUCUAUCUGGGCCUUUCAAUGUCCGAUAGGUUUCAGAAGAUCCCUCUCGCAUCCUAAAAUUAAUUUUUCAACUAUCUGGCGGACUUCCACGUCUUAUUUCAUCGGAACUGGUGAAUAACUCAUGCCACAUUUCCACUGACUAACUGCAUAAAUCAACGAUCAUUCCAAUCCGCGGGCUCAGCACAUCGGCUCAACGCCUCGCUCCACCUAGUGUUAGUUCAGUCUCCACUUUAUAUUCCAGCGCCGAGCUCGGCCUCUCCCUUGUCCCCAUGUGUCGCCCAUCGCGCCGCGGCCGUCCGCCCCAUCCCGAGACGGACCUAUGAGGCGGCAGCCAGCGUUUCCUCCUCCGUCCCAUUCAUUACUCCAGCCGAACUCUCUGGGGCGUCCGGCCGCUGCUGCUCAGCUGUGUGUGUGCACGCUGCUCUGGCGGGGUUUGGCAGCCUGUUGCUCUCGCUCGCUCCGAAUCCUUCCCUCCGCUCACUGCUGGCGGGGUCAUGAACGGCUCCGCACGGAUCGCCUCGGCUCUCGGACUUCACGGAGGGCAAGCAAAUGGCAAGAAUCUGGCUGAUCACUGGUCCUUGCCCCUCUGCUGAGGAGCGGCUGUAAGUCUACCACCUGUCAGCUGUAGCGCUGGGACAAGUGAGCACCCGUCCAUGCGUUCCUCCAACCUCGUCCUGCUCCCAGCGCCCCUGAUUUGAUGAUCCUUCACUUGGUCAUGACCAGCCGCACUGACCUCCUGACGGAACUCCAGUUCCAGGAAAGGUUGCCCACCCCGGAUCGCCUGAGAGCCGCAAAGAAGCGGCGGGCACAGCAGCUGAAGAAAUGGGCGCAUUAUGAGAAGGAGAUGCAGAACAAAAAGAGGAAAACUGACAAAAAGAAAGGCGCGGGGAAUCAGAAGAGGGUCAGCUUCACUCCCAACGUAACGCUUCUGGAGGCCUCCUCCCGCAAUGACCUGGAAGAAGUGAGCCUCUUACUGAAGAGAAAUGUAAGCCCAGAUUUGUGCAAUGAAGAUGGACUCACAGCAUUACAUCAGUCUUGCAUUGAUAACUUUGAAGAGAUGGUGAAGCUGCUUUUAGACCAUGGGACCAAUGUAGAUGCAACAGACAACGAGCUGUGGACUCCCCUGCACGCCGCAGCAACGUGUCGACACACCAACCUGGUGAAGCUCCUUAUAGAACGGGGAGCAGACCUGUUGGCACUCAAUGCGGACGGGAACAUGCCCUACGAUCUGUGCGACGAUGAUCAGACGCUGGAGCUCAUUGAGACGGCAAUGGUUAAUCAGGGCAUCACUCAAGAGAAAAUUGAUCAGAUUCGCACGGCAGUGGAGCAGCAGAUGAUUGCAGAUGUCCGAGAGGCAAUUCAGGAGAGCGUCGAUCUAGAUGCAAGAGACGCACAGGGAGCCACCUUGCUACAUGUCGUUGCUGCGAAUGGUUACUGCACAGUUGCUGAGUUACUGCUGGAAAAUGGAGCUAAAGUGAACAUCAAGGACAAUGACGGCUGGGAGCCACUACAUGCAGCUGCCUGUUGGGGACAGAUGCAAAUCGCUGAAUUACUGACAGCUCACGGUGCAAGUCUGAACGCCAAGACCUACCUGAAGGAAACACCGAUUGACCUGUGUGACGAUGAAGAGUCCAGGACUUUGCUACGACAGCUCAAACACAAACACGAAAGCAUCCAGAAGUCACAGGGAAAGAACAAGUCAUCUCUGAGCAGGAGAACAUCUAGUGCUGGGAGCCGAGGAACAGUGGUACGGAGAGCCAGUGUGUGUGACCGGAACAAUUUGUACAGGAAGGAAUGUGAACAGGAAGCAAUAAUCUGGCAGCAGAUGGGUCAGAAGGAAAUGGAGAAGGAAGUCACAAGCAGCGAUGCAGAGGAUAAAGAUUCAUCCAAAGAUCAGGAGAACAUUGACCUGGACUCGUCCUCCAUCUCCCAAACUGAGAAUGAACGGACAGAAUCCACGGAAGAAGCUCCUGAUACGGGUGGGAAAAGCAGCACUGCCGCCUCGACUCCGGCAUGCCGGCGGUCGAUGUCCAAAACUGACUCCCUGAGGACACCCAGCGCUGAAGACAAGGUGAACGGUCAGGUUCCCCACGAUCGCUGUGACGUGACCCCCACGCCACAGCUCAACAAGGACAGGAGUUGCCAGACGCUGUCGGAGCUGAAGAGGCAGCGGGCAGCCAAGCUGAGGAAGCAUACCCUGCAGGACCCCGGCUUGGCAAAUGGUCAGGGCAGGGAGCUGGAGAAGGACCAGCUUCACCCAAAGAACUGCUUGGUGGUUUCAAGGACAUCAGACGUCAGUUUCAAUGGGAGCUCUCCCUCUUACUCUUAUUCCAGUGGGGACCCGCCAAUAUUAAAACUUAAGGCCCCCCUGGAGGAGCCAGAGGCAAAGAGACAGGGUUGCUGCAGGAUUGUGUGAUGGAAGAGAUGGCAAAGAAGACAAACCAUUUGUUUCAGGAUGCAGUUCUUAGAAACGGCUGCUUGGAUGACAAGGUUCACGUGGGAACUUCUCCGUGAAAGUACUGACAUAAGAAUGUUAAUUUAAGCACUAUUUUAACUAAUUGCUCAAGGCAAUUAAAGUGCAACUUUGCGGAGUUCUUCGUUCUGAGGGGUAGGAGUGAAUGGCUGUGAAAUUGCCUGGAGCUCCUAAUAUCUCCAGUGGGAUAUAGGUCACUCACUCUACUGCUGGAGUCCCUAACUACCCACCAAGUUAAGGGUUACUCAUGAUAAUUGCUUGGAAUUCCUAACAAUCCAACUGGUAUAUGUUAUGUACUGUAUAUUGUCUGGACUUGCCAACUAUCCAUUGAAAUACUGGUUACGAAUUCACUAUGCAUAACUCUUGAUUCUUCUAGACAAGCAUUUAAAGGGAUUAUUUCUCGCCUACUGUAAUGUCAGUUUAGUGAGUCCAAUUGACUGCCGUUUAUCUUCUACAACCACUUGUUGGAAAUAAAUGUCAGCGUUAUACAGUUUAGUUCAAAAUAGAAUGUAAGCAAAAUGCAACAGAUUUAAUGACUUUUGUUGAGUAUUCAAGCAUUGUGCACUUGGCUUGUUUAAGAUUUCUAAUGUAUCAGUGUAACUUGGUCCUGAAAACACCGCACUACUCUCUUGUGGAGAAAGUUAUCAUUUUAAGUGCAAUGGUAUUGUGCCCUCACAAGGAAGAGGAAGCGUUGUGAAUAGGAGGAGAUCAAGAAAACCGAUCUGUCAUUCCUUUUCACGGCCAGGUCCACCAUAGUCACAGAGGCAUGUUUUUUAAUAUCCUGCCGUACGGUCACCAUUCUUGUAAUAUGGUGAUGCAACAGUUUGCAGUGCAGCCGCAAAGUUUUGGUGACCAUGCUUCAAUCUUGCCUCCAGUUCUGCCUGUGUGGGGUUUGCACAUUCCCUCUGGGUGCUCUGCUCUCCUCCCACAUCCCAAAAUGUUGAUAAGUCACUUAACUACUGUAAAUUACAUCUUGUGUAUGUAUGCGGGUGGUAGGAGAAUUUGGAAGUAAAUGGUCAUUUGAGAGAGAGAGAGAAUGGAACUGGGAUUGAUGUAAUUGCUCUGAGGGCUAUCACAGCUCCAAUGGGCCAAAUGGCCUACAUUGUAAGAAAAUGUGACCAAAUAUACCUAUGGAAGCCAAGAGAAUUCAGUUCCUCAGGCAGGACUGACACAAACGUUGGUCUGUCCUUUAGACUGAUGUCCCUUUCAGUCCUGCCUUAUCACACUCAUCCCCGACACCCAAUCAGAGCAAAGGCACCCUGUAUAAACUUGAACAAGAAAUUGUAUCGUAGUGUAUUGCACAUUUGCACGAAGUGAUUAUAGUAACUGAAGAUCUUACAGUAUUGUCAAAGGGCAAAAUUCCACUGCAUCAAAUUUCAAAGUAAAUUUAUUAUCAAAGUACGUAUUUGUCACCAUAUACUACUUUGAGAUUCAUUUCUUGCAGGCAUUUACCAGAGAAUAAGGAAAUACCAUAGAAUUUAUGAAAAACUAUAAAUAACAAAGACUGACAAAAAUGUGCAAAAGAAGACAAAUUGUGCAAAUAAUAAAAAAGUAA